UCACACAGACCAAAAUGAUGCUUCUGUGAGACAACGACAACGACACCGUAUACACACUCCUACUCUUCGGGACGAAUCGACAACGACGAAACGCGACAUGACCGGCCAAGUGGCAAAUGAGAAAGGGGACGAGGUUGUGAUCAUGCAUGAUCAUGCUGAUGACCACGAGACCGAAAACGAGAAUAAUGCGAAAAGCGUCACAGCUGGGAUUCUGCUUGCUUCGUUGCCGAAGUGGCUCGAUGCUACGGUUGUUGGCUUCUUGAUUUUCGGCGGUUGUUGUGGAAAUGUUUUCGCAUUGGAAGCUAUCAUCAAAGACGAGCCUGCUGCCGGGCCUCUCAUAACCUUUGUGCAAUUCGUGACCGUCUCGCUGUUUACGAUUCCGAGUUUCCUCUCCUGGUCCGCUGGUGCCUCCUCACUUUUCAUGAAAGCGCCCGUUAUUCCCCUACGAUCGUGGAGUAUAUACACUUUAUUCUUCGUCACGGUCAAUUUGUUGAAUAACUGGGCCUUUGCGUAUCGGAUCUCUGUACCGCUACAUAUCAUCCUGAGGUCUGGUGGACCCGUCGCAUCAAUGAUCAUUGGGUAUCUAUAUAAUGGCCGACGAUAUUCACGAAUGCAAAUCUUCUCGGUCAUGCUAUUAACUUUGGGGGUUGUGGCUGCUGCAUUGGCAGAUGCCAAGGCACAGGGUAAAGCGAUCAGUCUGUCGUCCGGGGAAGAGGAAGGAAAGUCAACUUUGACUUUCGUCACUGGAUUCACCAUCCUAGCAUUGGCCAUGCUGCUAUCUGCUUUUCAAGGUGUCUAUGCCGAUCGACUAUAUGCCACGCAUGGAAAUACGCAUUGGCGCGAAGCAUUGCUGUAUUCGCAUAUGCUUUCUUUGCCGUUCUUUCUACCGACAUAUACCCAAUUAUCGUCCCAGUUUCGCGCAUUCAUGUCUUCCCCGUCGAUAUUAGCUGAUUUACACCCUGCCGCUGCUGGAUCCCUACCACAGGAGGUGAUUAUGAAUGACGCCGUCCAGAAUGCGACAAUGUCUGUUUCGCGUCAUAUCGCUGCUUCACUGUCAUCCGGCGUUACACCAUCUUCCAUGGCAGUAGUAGCUGCAGCUACCCCAUCAGCACUCACCGAGCAUAGCAGCAAUCUUCUCGCGCAAAGCGGCAAUUCAUUCUCCAGCAUUCUGUCUGCUUCAACAGAAUCAGUGCCUCGAGACAUGAUCACAAUAAUCCUAAACAAAACACCCAGUAAGAUUUUUUAUCUCGUCAUCAACGCUUUAACACAAUACAUCUGCAUCCGAGGCGUUUACUUACUUGCGGCAAAGUCAUCUUCUUUAACUGUGACCAUAGUCCUGAAUAUUCGCAAAUUGGUCUCGCUACUACUCUCCAUCUAUAUUUUCGGCAACUCCCUGGCCUCAGGAGUAUUGAUUGGUGCCGGCUUCGUCUUUCUGGGAGGCGCAUUAUACGGAGUGGGCAGCGCAAGAGCAAAAAGCAAAAAGAUGAACUCUGCUGCCGCAAACACAGAGUUACAUUAUCGUCAUAACAACGAUGAUACUAAAGGGGGGAAACGAGGAGUGCCGUCGUUCUUUUCGGCGGCAAAGAAUAAUUUGUCGUCUUCAUCGUUGAGUAUGAGGGAGACGAGUCCGACGAGGAAGAGGAAGGUCAAGGUGUGAUUUUAUCUUGUCCUGCUGAAUAUGGUUGUAUGAGUUGGUUCAGGUAUCUGAAAAGUACAUGGUUGUUCAUAGCAUGAUGUAAAGCACAUAAUAGAACUAGCUGGCUUUCGUAUGGUUGAUAGAUGAUUGAAAUGCACUGCACUGCACUAAUUUGAUUUGAUUUGCUUCAAUUGGAGAAUGUGAUAGAUAGGAGGGAUGUGGUACAAUACACGAUCAAAACAAAUCGUUCAAGCGAAAAAAAAAGGCUAAUUCCCCCUUGAAAAGCACGAAACGAAAAUGUUUAUACAGACAUGAAAAGACAGCAGACGAUAAUAAAACAGAAAAAAGGUAAAGUCUAAACUACAGAACCUCACCCACAAUCUUCGCCGCCUCUUUAUACGUUUCCAAUAAUCGCUCGCAUUUCUCCCUCUCUGCUUUGAUGCCGUCAUCUUCAUAGAGCAAAUCUCCAAAUAGUUCUUCCUUAUACAGUUCGCUGACGAGUCGGUUUUGAACUACGUCCUUGCUGUGGUUGACGAGUAGGUGCAUGACUGCUUUGGGGACUUGGUCAGCGAUGGUUUCGCGGACAAUGUUGAAGUA